GCGGUGCGGCGGCUCGGAGGCGCCGGGCCCUCUCGGGGCCGCGCGGGGCCCAGGUGGCUGCGACCGCGGUGGUGCGGCAGGAGGAGGCGGCGGCGGCGGCGGCGGAGGAGGAGGGCGGCGUCCAUGAAGCCGCCCCGCGUCCGGAGGAGAAGGCCAUGAACGGCGACCGGACCGAGAGCGACUGGCAGGGGCUGGUGAGCGAGUACCUGGUGUGCAAAAGGAAGCUGGAGAGUAAGAAGGAAGCCCUGCUGAUCCUCUCCAAGGAGCUGGACACAUGCCAGCAGGAAAGGGACCAGUACAAGCUCAUGGCCAAUCAGCUUCGGGAGCGCCACCAGUCCCUGAAGAAGAAGUACCGCGAGCUGAUCGAUGGCGAUCCAUCACUUCCCCCUGAAAAGAGGAAACAGGCUAAUCUUGCACAACUAUUGAGAGAUUCUCAAGACCGAAAUAAACAUCUGGGAGAAGAAAUUAAAGAACUUCAGCAAAGGCUUGGAGAAGUCCAGGGCGACAAUAAGUUGUUGAGGAUGACGAUUGCCAAACAGAGGCUUGGAGACGAAGAAAUUGGCGUGCGGCACUUUGCAGCCCAUGAGCGUGAGGAUUUGGUUCAGCAGCUGGAGAGAGCGAAAGAACAGAUUGAAUCUCUGGAGCAUGACCUGCAGGCCUCUGUGGAUGAGCUUCAGGAUGUUAAAGAAGAGCGGUCUUCCUACCAGGACAAAGUCGAGAGGCUCAACCAGGAGCUAAACCACAUCCUGAGCGGGCACGAGAACCGUAUCAUUGACGUGGAUGCCCUGUGUAUGGAGAACAGGUACCUUCAGGAGAGAUUAAAGCAACUUCACGAAGAGGUCAACCUCUUGAAAUCUAACGUUGCCAAGUACAAGAAUGCUCUCGAGAGACGGAAAAACUCAAAAGGCCAAGGUAAAUCCAGCAGCAGUGCUCUGACUGGAGUCCUGUCUGCAAAGCAAGUUCAGGAUCUGUUGUCUGAGGAUCAUGGGUGCAGUCUCCCAGCUACUCCGCAGUCCAUUUCUGACCUGAAAUCUCUGGCAACGGCCCUGUUGGAGACGAUCCACGAGAAAAACAUGGUCAUCCAGCACCAGAGGCAGACCAACAAAAUCCUCGGGAAUCGGGUGGCUGAACUGGAGAAAAAAUUAAGAACCCUGGAAGUUUCUGGUUUGUGGAGCCUUCCAGGCCUGAGCUACAGUGUUUCAGUAGGAUUUGGGAGGGGCAAGGACACCAUACUGUUCGGCGACCCCACUCUUCCCACCACACAGAGGUCGAGAUCCCCGCUGCUGAAGUUCGUGGAGCAGCCCACUGAGAACAAAGCGAGUCCCAAGGACGGGGAGGUUCGGAAGCAAGAACAAGACAAAAGUCACAUGACUGCCGAGGCGUUGACAGCGUGGGAGGAUGCUGGGAGGCCCGCUGUCAGCUCCCCAGCAAAUCAGAGCCCCAGGAACCAACGCAAACACUUUCUUGCCUCAUUAGCCCAGCUACCUUCUGAGGGAGAAGAAGUAAACAGGCCUGGAGGGGAAAUUGUGAAACUGACAGAGGAGCAGGAGCCUACAGGACCAGCAGGGGUUGGAAGAGAGAGUCCCCUGCAGGGUCAGAGGGACGAGAUGGGGCCACCUCUGCCUGGCUUAGCUGCCAACGGGGCGUGCCCCAAAUCUUGCCACAACUCCUCUGGGUCCAGCCAGCCAGUGGCCAAAGCUUCCACCCUGGAAGACGGCAAGGAUACCCCAGAGGUUGGAAGCACAAGGAACACCACGAAAACAUGAAGGGGAAAGAGAUCGGGCAUGAUGACACGUUGACGGCACUGGGGACAGUAAAGAACUAAACCUCAGAACAGCUCACCGAAGUCUCUUUCUCCUAAAACACCCCCAAGCCUGCAAGUGAGGAAGGACACAGAUCCUGUCGCAAACUGUGAAUAUUCUGAUGAGGCCAGCACAGUUUGAUUUAUUAAAUGCGGGUCCUCAAGCUUCUCGGUGUCAUCUCUUUCUGCUGAAGAUGCGCUGCUGUGAACAUGGCCAGGCACAGAAGUGGGUCGGCCAUAUGGCUGGUUUUUGGCCUCCAUCUUUCUGUCAGCAUUUGUUUUAUUAGACAUAAGAUGUUUUUCUAUUAGCGUUUAAAGUUGUCGAUCAAAAUUAUAGGAAGAGCUUGAAAGGGAUGGGGUUUUUAAUCAGGUCCCUGUCUUUGUAAUGUAGAGAAAGGUGUAAUUGAGCAUAAUGGGUCCAGAGGGCGCCCCGCUCCACUCCGUCAUGUCAGGGCCCGUCGGGCCUCCCGGCGUGGGUGUUCUUGGCAGCCUGCCUGAAGCACUGUCUGUGCACUGUCUGUCGUGGCAGCGACCAGCAGGUGGAAAGGGGCUUAAGAGGGCUCAGAAGGUUAGGCUUCCGGUUUGAAAUCCGCAGCCCCCGUGGAGACCCGUUUGCUGACUGCGAGAGCUGAGUUUUCCAGCCUGUAAUUCUAGAGGAUUAAUCGACCUGGAGUGAUGGGGGCGUUGUGGAUAAGCAGGGAGGAUGGGGACUCCAGUGGUGUUUGAUUUUUUGUUUCUGAGAUGAGAGCAGACCCUGGAAGUGCUGGUUCUCUCCACUCAGCCUGGGCUGGUAUAGGGUUCUAUGGUCAUGUGAGGUUGGAGCCAAUCCAGCUGCUUAGGGCCAAGCCAGUUUCCCCCACCACCCGUCACUCCGACAGAGCACUGUGGCUGCCUCCUCGGGAGCGCCAGAUACUGGGGUUUUAAAGACAAGGCGCUGGGGAGGCUGUAGCUCAGCGGUAGAGCUCAUGCUUAGCAUGCACGAGGUCCUGGUUUCAAUCCCCAGAAUCUCCAUUAAAAAAAAAAAAACUUGAAAAAAAAGGCAUUACCAAAAAUUAAAUAAAUAAUAAAUAAAUAAAGACAGAGCUCAUGGCCCUAGAGUGGAAAGAAAGGAGAAAACAAAAUAACCUCGUCAGCCUGGGGAGGGGACUGUGGAACCAAGUUCAAGCUCCAAGAGCAGGAAAGCAGAGUGGUCACCCCUACCUGCUUCUUUACUUGGGGAUAAAAUUAGCUUUUCUAGGCAGCAUCUGGCACUGCAGUACAUUGAAGGCUCAUCAAACGGCAGACCUUUCUUUGUGCUGAACUCAGUUCAUUUCCCCAGAAAGACCUAAUAUCAGAUCCCAAAGCUUGAAACGCCCCUGAGAACCAGAAUCACUCCUUUGAGAGACUCUCCUGCAGGGAAAAGAGAAGCUCCCGAGGUGGGAGAGGUAGAAAAUUCAGCAAUUCAUCCUAAAAAUUGGCUGUUUAGACCAGGCUUGUGAUCUCAAGUGUGAAUCCCACAUGCAGGUGGCCAGCCACCCCACCACCACCACUUCCCUGCCACAUGUCAUCUCCUGGCAUCACUCGGACAGCAGGGUAGGACCUGUCACACUUGCUGUCUCGCUCUGAAGGAGGGCAAGGUGCAGACCAGAAGGUCCCAUGCUUUGCCAGAAGCACCCUGGGUGGACCUCCAGCUGAUUUCUUCCCGCUCACUAGAGGUCACCCCCACUGGCGGAACGUGGGCACACCUGCAUCUGUGCACUCUGGCCCCUGGUGAGCUGGACACACAUCGGCCCCUGCCUGCCAGGCCCCAGUGCCCCAUUCAUCCCUCUGUGCUCCAGCCUCUCCCCUUCCCCAGACCCAAGAAGGUCACUUCUCUCCAGGAAGGUCACUUCUGCAGCUGCAAAGCUUGCCCCGGCCAGCAGCCAUGGAAAUAAUUUUCCUGCCGCACCAGGCCUAAAUUCUCUGUAAAUGUUCAGCACUACUGCAUAUGAUGCCAGAGCCACCAAAAGCAAACACAGCCAGAUUGAAUACAAUAAUAAUAAAAAGAAAAAUCUCUCCCUACAGAAGCCUUGGUUUUGACACAUAGUUGGCCAGGUGUCCGUCUUGAGGGGCCCAUUCAACACCUUCUGGAAAGCAGGGCUUGUAGUAAACUUCAACACAUUCCAUCAUGGGCAAGAAAACUGCAGGAAGUCCCAGAGCCUGGGGCUCAGGGCAGGGGGUCAUAGGGAGCGAUAACCUAAAUUCUGUGUGUUCAGUCAGCCUGAUAGGGGGAGGUCUUCUGUUAUUAGGUGGAAUUGGAGCCAAUAAGUUGAUCCAGUCACAUUUGUAACCUUGACCACGCCCCAUACGCAGAUGUGACACUGUCCCACCUCUGCUAUCCUAACCCAACAUGAUUCUUCUGUUCCACAGACAUUAAAAAGAGUUUCAGCAAUUA